AUGAAUAGUUUUUUAUCAGCUACACAAGAAAAACAAGUUGCUGUUGUAUUUUCAGGUGAUGGUGAAACAUCAAAUCCAAAUGAAGUAUCAGUAAUAUAUGAAAUGAUGAUUGAUACAAAUAUUCGAUCAACACCAUAUGCAAAAAUUAAAAGUUUUAUUCCAGAUGAAGAAGAAAUUUUAUUUUCCAUGGGACCAAUUUUUCGUAUUGAACAUGUAGAUGAAUCGGAUAAUCAUGUGUCUUACGUUAAAUUAACAAUGGUACAUCUUGAAGAUGAAUUAUGGAAUAAAUUAACAAAACAUUUAAAUUAA